AUGGUCAUCCCAUGGUACACAAGUAAGUCGCUCGAUACUGCAGGCAACCAAUUCGGACAGGACGUGAGGGGUUACCUGAACGAAUCUGCUGGAAACACACAGUUCAGCGCCUAUAUCAACUUUGCUCAUGGUGACGAGGCCUUGAGCAGCAUCUCUGGCAAGAGCCUGCCCAAGCUCAAGCAGCUCAGGCACAAAUAUGACCCACUCAAGCGCUUUAACCAAUGGUUCGCUCUUUGA